AUGGAAGAUGAUGAAAUUAAAGCACACACACCUUAUAUUGAUGGUAGCCUUCAUGAAUGCCUAGCACUUACCACAGACCAUAUGCCCAGACCUAAGAAACCAUCGAUAAAGUUUAAGGAAUUACCUAAGAAUAUGAGAUCUGAAUUUCUUGAUAAGGAACUAAAGCGUCCAGUUAUAGUAAAUGACAUGAUGUUUGUUCCUUGGUUGAAAAAAUUGCUAUCAAUCACUACAUUUUUCACCUUAUGUGAAGUUCACCCAAACGUGCCAAAAAAUGAGUGCAACAUGUUUUGCCUCGAUUGCAAUGAUAAUCCGUUUUGUGGUUCUUGCAUCACUUCUGGUCACAAAGAUCACAAUGUAAUUCAAAUACGGAGGUCUUCCUAUAACGACGCAGUUAGGACCACUGAUAUUUAUAAGUUUGUGGACAUUCUUGGAAUUCAAACCUACAUGAUAAAUAACUCUACAAUCGUCUUCAUUAACAAGAGAGAUCGUAGUCAUCCGAAGAGAAACAAUGUUAGUAAUUUCGGUUACAUGAGUGAUUCUCUUUGCAAGAUUUGCAAAAGAAAUCUAGUGGACCCUACUUACUUCUGUUCUUUGGAAUGUAAGUUUGCUUGGAUAGAAAAGGAAGGAGGUUUUUUCGUAAGUGCAAAAGAGAAGAAGGAAUUGGAAUUUUUGUUAGAAAAAUCCAUCAAAGUGAUACCACCAAAAGGAAAGACAAAAAAUAUGGGUGAACACAAUUCAAAACGAAAACUAGAAGAAGCGGGAAUUGAAGAAGACAAUGAUCAAGAGGAAGAGAACCAAGAAGAAGAUGAAAAAGAUGUCAAAGAAGAUGAAAACAACAAAGAAAAUGUGGUUCUGAUCAAUCAUCCACCGACUUCAAAACGCAAGCCAAAUUCAAGAAGAAAGGGAAUACCCCGUAGGGCACCUUUCUUUUAA